AUGUCUAUCCAGCAGUAUCAAACAACGAAGAAAGGCGGACCCUUCGCCCUGGUUUCAGCCCCGAUGCCAAAUCCCGGCGCCCACGAAAUCACUAUCCGCCCCAAGGCUGUGUCCAUCAACGCCAUCGAUUGGAAGAAUAUUCAGUUUGGCGCGCUUGUAGCCGGCUGGCCAUGUGUUCUUGGCAUCGAGGGUUCUGGCACGGUUGAGUCAGUUGGAGAAGGUGUAACAUCUUUCAAGCCCGGUGACGAAGUCAUGAGCUGGAUCCAGAGGACUCAGUUCAACGGUGCAUUCCAAGAUGUAUACAAGGCCCAUGAAAGUGUGGUUGCUAAAAAGCCAACAAAGCUCAGCUUUGAAGAGGCAACCUCCAUCCCCAUUACCUAUCUCACUGCGGCAGCUACUAUUGCCGUUGGAUUGAAAGUCCACAUCCCUGGUCUGUCUACCAAAGACACUAAUGAGGCACCACCUCGCUCCAUUCUGGUUCUGGGUGGAAGCUCUGGUGUAGGUUCCAGCGCCAUACAGCUGUUGCGCAUCGCCCUACCGUCGGCUACCAUAAUCACAACUAGUUCGCCCACCCAUCAUGCACGACUCAAAUCUCUUGGGGCUCAUGUUACUCUCGAACGAUCUGCUCAGCAGGACGCCGCCAUCUUGAAGGCAGUAACACCUGAAGGAGCGGGUGUAGACGCCAUCAUUGACGCGGUCGGGGCCGGGAGCGCUGAGCCUGCUGUUUAUAGUGCUUUGCGGGAAGAUGGUCCGAAAUUGUACUCCCUCGUAAUCACACGCCCGGGAGCAGAGCUGCCGGAGGGCAUAAAUGCAACCUUGGUUGGUGGCCAAUCUAUCCUUGACGAGAAUCCAAAUGCGAUGGAGUAUCUCAGCAAAUUACUGGAUGGGGAUAAGUAUAAGUUGCCCCUGAAUGUUGAGGUCGUGGGCAAGGGUUUCCAAGCCAUCGAAACAGGCUUGGGUAAAAUCAUGAAGACUAGUGGAACAAAGCUCGUUGUAAGCUUGUAA